AUGGGCAUUCGAUCACUUAUAUUGGAAGGAGAUGUCUUACAAAUGGUGAAUAACUUUUCAAUGAAGAAUCCAGAUUGGAGCCAGGCAGGUCGGUUAAUUGAGGAUACCAAAAUUUUGAAUACUUGUGUCAUUUGGUCAGUUGUCCAUACAAGAAGAGAAGCUAAUCAGGCUGCUCAUAUUCUUGCCCAAGAAGCAUUAUCUCUACAAGAGGAUUUCAUAGGAUUGGAAGAAUUUCCAACAUUUAAACGGAAAUUCUUGUUUUCCGUUAACUUUUCCGUUAAAUCCCCAUUCUUCGUUAAAUCGGCGUUAAAGAACGCAUCUUUCGUCUCGAAAAUUUCUGACAAUUUCCUUAAUCCUCAGAGCUUUUCUUGUUCUAUUGAGGUGUGGGCAUCCUCAUCUUCAACCUCAUCGUCCUGGUGCUGUGCUCAUUGUCUGAGCCAUUCUCCAGCCAAGCAAGCCCAGGUUUGUACUCCAGGACGCUACCGUCUACGCCUUCAACGUCUCCUCCCUGCCUUCAACCUCCCUCAAGCCCACUCUCACUUUUCAUAUUUUUGGCCAUAUUUGCUCUUCACGGCUGUCUAUAUUUUUGUUUCCAUCGUGGAUCUGCAGGUAAAUGAAGAGAUUGCAAAAAUCUCUGUGAAUUGGUUGUCACUAAUCACCCUACUGUUGGGAGCAACGUCGAAAGAGCUCGUCUAUAAGAACAUUCGAUUCGAGGCGUGGGAUCUUGGUGGACAAGAAAGGCUCAGGGCAUCAUGGGCAACUUAUUAUCGUGGAACUCAUGCACUUAUUGCGGUGAUAGAUAGCACUGAUAGAGCCAGGAUCUCUAUAAUGAAGGAGGAACUCUUUAGGUUGCUGGGACAUGAGGAUCUACAACAUUCUAUCAUACUAAUUUUUGCAAACAAACAGGACCUCAAGGAUGCAAUGACCCUAGCUGAAAUCACCGAUUGCCUUUCCCUUCACAGCAUCAAGAAUCAUAAUUGGCACAUUCAAGCCUGUUGUGCCCUCACAGGAGACGGACUGUAUGAUGGUCUAGGAUGGAUCACUCAACGGGUUAUUGGGAAAGCACCAAGUUGAAUAAGGAGCGGUAGAAAUCAGGGAAAAAAGAACAUUCAUCUGUUCAUUCAUUCAUGGGUUUGAAGGAUGAGUGAAUAUAAACGUUCGUGUACCAACUACACUGUAUGAGAGCUCAUUUCAAUCAAAUUUGUAGAUUGUUUUCAGUUUUGAUUGGUCUUAUAAAAUAGUGUUCUACACAAUAGAUUUCAGGAAACACCGUUGUCCUAUCGAACCAUGCAGUAUGAGAUUCUCAUGUUUUGUGUGAUAAAGCAUACUAUUGAAACAUUUGUUGUCGAGGAAUAGAUGAGUGCAUUACA